AUGAAGGACCCCACGUAUAAGCAACGCAACCCCUCGAAAGGGCCAACGGGAGUAAUAAUCACCCUCGCCAACUGGCGCUGGUUCGAAGAGCUCCAGCCAGAGCACGAAAAACGAUGGGGCGAGACGGAAAAGAAGAAACGAAUGAAACGACCGGAAGAAUACAGCGCGAUCAAAGAGCGACUCGGUCGAAAGAUCGUUGAAGAAGCGGCCGAGUUUUUGAAACCUGAGGGGAUUGAUUUCUUCGAUCACGUGGACUACAUUAAUGUUGGGACGCCCUUAACGCACAAGCACUAUUUGAACUGUCCGGAAGGGUCGAUUUAUUCGGCUGAUCAUGAUUUAACAAGAUACCUUCCGGAGAAUCUGAUCAAAUCGCGUCCGGAGACUCCAAUCCGAGGGCUUACUCAAGGCGGUCAAGAUAUUCUAUCCUGUGGCGUGGGGACAGUGGUGACUACCGGUUUACUCGCGGCAGGACACGUUACUGGCAGAAAAUUACUCCUCGAAGCAGAAGGAUUACGCCAGGCCAAGAAAAUUACUGUUGAUGCUCUUCCGCAAAUUUGA